AUGCUCGCUGAUCAGUUGUCAGCCGAGCUCAUCACUCCUGCGACGGUCGCCUAUGCCUUGGCUGGGCUGCUGGCCGCUUACUACAUCGUCCCAUACCUCCAGACAUGGCGUCUGAGUGACAUCCCCGCACCGGGCCUGGCUGCCUUUACGAACUUCUGGCUCCUGUUGCAAACCCGCAAGGGUCAUCGUUUCCUGGUCGUCGACGAAGCUCACAAGAAGCACGGAAAGCUUGUCCGCAUUGCUCCUCGCCAGGUUUCUAUUGCCGACGAUGCGGCUAUCCAAGCCGUCUAUGGACACGGAAAUGGUUUCCUCAAGGCUGACUUCUAUGACGCUUUUGUCUCUAUCCGCCGCGGUCUUUUCAACACUCGCGAUCGUGCCGAGCACACUCGCAAGCGCAAGACUGUCUCUCACACCUUCUCCGCCAAGUCAAUUGGCCAGUUCGAGCAGUAUAUUCACGGCAACAUCGAGAAACUCGUCAAGCAGUUGAACCGUAUCUCCGAUCUCCAAGCCAACCCCAAGAGCGGCUAUGCCACCAUUGACGCCCUCAACUGGUUCAACUUUGUCGCCUUCGACAUCAUCGGCGAUCUCGCCUUCGGCGCUCCUUUCGGCAUGCUCGACAAGGGCCAGGACAUUGCCGAGAUGCGCAAGUCCCCCAACGACCCCCCAAAAUACGUCCAGGCCGUUGAGGUCCUCAACCGCCGUGGUGAAGUCUCCGCUACCCUCGGCUGCUACCCUGCUCUGAAGCCUUAUGCCGGAUAUCUCCCUGACCGCUUCUUCCGCGAUGGUCUCGAGGCCGUCGAGAACCUUGCUGGUAUCGCUAUCGCCCGUGUCAACGAACGUCUCCGCCCCGAGGUCAUGGCCAACAACACCCGUGUCGACCUUCUCGCUCGCCUGAUGGAAGGCAAGGACGAGAACGGCAACAAGCUUGGUCGCGCUGAACUUACUGCCGAGGCCCUGACACAGCUCAUCGCUGGCUCCGAUACCACUUCCAACACCUCCUGCGCCAUCCUCUACUGGGCUCUUCGUACCCCAGGUGUCAUUGAGAAGCUCCACAAGGUUCUCGACGAGGCUAUUCCCAAGGACGUCGAUGUCCCCACCCACGCCAUGGUCAAGGAAAUCCCCUACCUCCAAUGGGUAAUCUGGGAAACAAUGCGCAUCCACAGCACAUCAGCCAUGGGCCUGCCUCGCGAGAUCCCCCAGGGUAACCCACCCGUCGAAAUCUGCGGCCACAUGUUCUACCCCGGCGACGUCCUCUCCGUCCCCACCUACACGAUCCACCACUCCAAGGAAAUCUGGGGCGCCGACGCCGACAAGUUCGUCCCCGAGCGCUGGGACCCGGCUCGUCUCACCGCGCGCCAGAAGGCCGCGUUCAUCCCCUUCUCUACUGGGCCCCGCGCGUGCGUGGGUAGGAACGUUGCGGAGAUGGAACUGCUGGUUAUCUGUGCGACGGUCUUCCGGUGCUUUGACUGGGAGUUACAGCAGAAGGGGGAGAUGGAGACGCGCGAAGGGUUCUUGAGGAAGCCGUUGGGGUUGGAUGUUGGUGUUAAGAGGAGGACGGUCGCUUGA